GACUUCGGUUAAAAACAAACAACGGGAGGCCCUCUUCGGUCGGGCUCUCUUCGUCUUCGCUUCAGUUCUCUGCGCUUCUAAAACGUCUCGGCUACUUUCAGGAUUUAAUAUCGCUGAUUUCCCACUUUGGCUCGACACGCUCUCCCAUCCUCGGCGCUUCCUCGCCGGUUCGUGCAGGGUUCGGCUUUUCUCGGAUCCCGCUCUGCCCCGCGGCUGCUCGGCCAUAUUCGGCUAUUGUCGUUCGGCUCGGGGUAUGGACGAAGCGGACUCGGCCACGAAGGCGCUCGGGCUGGAUGAACCGCCCAUCGGCGGGCCGUCGGUGGAGGGCUCGGAUACCGAGUCGGAGGCCGAAGUCACAACGAUGGCGGUGAUGGGAGAACCGGGAAACAUCGACAUGGGAGCCGAGUCCCUGCCGAACCCGGACGAGGCCGAGGCGGCAUUCGCGGAGGUGGCGGUGACGGUGGGAGACGUGCACGGCCCCGAGGACAACGUCUUCACCACCACGGUCGCCACUUCAGGAAGUCUCCCCGAGCACGUUCUGAGCGGCCGGACCACCCUGCAGCUGGGAGAAGGCCUCAACUCCCAGAAGGCCACUCUGAUCGUGGUUCACACUGACGGCAGCAUCGUGGAAGCAGCCGGACUCAAGUCGGCCACCGCCAUCGCUUCAGGCCCACAGACUCCUCCCACCCCGAUGACCCCCCCUCAGGACAAGGAGUCCUGCUCCAAGUACAACUGGGACCCGUCGGUGUACAACAGCGAGCUGCCGGUGCGCUGCCGGAACACCAGUGGAGUCCUCUACAAGAACCGUCUGGGAUCAGGGGGUAAAGGUCGCUGCAUCAAACACAACCAGCAGUGGUUCACGCCCACCGAGUUUGAAGGGUUGGCAGGACGAGCGAGCAGCAAAGACUGGAAGAGGAGCAUCAGGUACGCAGGGAGACCUCUGCUCUGCCUCAUCCAGGAGCGCAUCCUGAACCCUCACGCUGCCUCCUGCACCUGUGCCGCCUGCUGUGACGACCUGACCGUGGUGAGAACGGCGCAGCGUCGUUUCAGGAAACUCGCAUUCUCUAAACAAACGUUUGAUUCUCUGCAGUGUCCGAAGGAGGGCGGGUGCGUGGCGCCGGAGACCAUCAGCAUGACCGGACCGGUGCGACUCUUCGUCCCGUACAAGAGACGGAAGAAGGACAGCGACCCGCCUGUCAUCCCCGCCAAGAAGGAGCUGCCGGGCCCCAAAAACAUCACGCUGGCUCCGGCCGCCACCUUCACCGUGUCUCCGUCAGGACAGUUCACCACUUCGGGCGCCUUGACGUUUGACCGAGCCCCGGCAGGGGACGCCGCCGCCGCCGCGGCUGCCGCCAUCAUCUCCGAGGGCUCGCUGCAGAGCGAAGUGUUUGCCAGCACUGCAGUGCUCGCUGCCUUGCCAGCGUUGGCCAUGACGCCUCAGCCGGUCCAGGCCAAGGUGGCGGUGGCUUCGACGGCGGUGGCGUCGCCGCCCCCGCCGGCAGCGGCGGCGCUGGUCACGGGGCUGGAGGCGGGCCCGGCCGUGGGCGGCCAGAAGAAUACCUGGCUGUACCUGGAGGAGAUGGCCAACACGCUGCUGAGCAACGUCCAGCAGCUCAAGAGCCUGAUCGAGCAGGCCAAGCACGCCGCGGGAGAGCCUGCAGGGGUCAAAGGUCAGGCCGGGAGGAAGGAGUGCGGUCUCAGUCAGUCCUUCCAGAACCAGAUCACCUUUCAGCCCACGGACCAAUCAGACUCCAAGAGGAGCUCUGACAUCACCGAGAUCAUCAUCAAUCAGAUGUGUGUGAACUGCGGUCGGAUGGCCAUGAGCGAGUGCACGGGCUGCCACAAGGUCAACUACUGCUCCGCCUUCUGUCAGAGGAAGGACUGGAAGGAGCACCAGCACUCCUGCUGCCAGACAGCAGGGGGCGUGGCAGGUCAGGAGGAGGAGCCAAUCACAACUAUAGACAUGGACAAAGUGAAGUGAAGAUGAAGGACGGCUGUGUGAAACGCGCUCCUCAUCCUCAGAGAGACGGGAAAACAUCUCCUGAGACACAAAGCAUCGCGUCAGCUUCAGAGGAGCUGCUGGUCUCAACAGCAGCAAUAACUUAUUCAUUACAAACAGCUGAACUCUCGGAUCGGCCCGGUCCGACGCCUCACACAGGAUCAGGUUCCUCCGCUGGUUUUAGUUUUUUUUUUUUUUUUUGGUUUAUCUUCAGCCUCAGUCAUGCUUUUUUACUUUCGGUCUUCCCUCAGGGACGGUUUGUCUCUUCAUGAA